AUGAAGUUCGAGAUUACUUCCGCCCGCACGGCCGCGCUUGUCGCCCUCAUUGCCAGCGUUGAAGCUGCUCACCACGGCCAUACUCACCACCAUGGACACGCUCACGAAGCCCGCACUUUCCCGGACAACAACACUCUCGAGAAGAGGAGUGGCCAGUGUCAGUUCCCUAGCGAUGCUGGUCUGGUUGCUGUCACCCCAAACGAGCAGAACGCCGGCUGGGCCAUGAGCCCUAACCAGCCCUGCAAGCCUGGCAACUACUGCCCCUACGCCUGCCCUCCCGGCCAGGUCUCCAUGCAGUGGGAUCCCGAGGCUACCUCAUAUUCCUACCCCAUGUCUAUGAAUGGCGGCUUGUACUGUGACGAGAGUGGCGAGAUCCACAAGCCUUUCCCCAACAAUCCCUACUGUGAGGAUGGAACUGGCGCCGUUAUGGCCAUGAACAAGGCCGGAAAGUCGGUGGCUUUCUGUCAAACAGUCCUGCCCGGUAACGAAGCCAUGCUGAUCCCGACCCUGGUCGAGGAGCUGUCCACUCUGGCCGUCCCUGGAAUGUCCUACUGGUGCGAGACCGCUGCUCAGUACUACGUCAACGCCCCCGGUGUCACUAUCGAGGAGGCUUGCGUCUGGGGUACCAAUGCCAACCCCGUUGGGAACUGGUCUCCUUACACUGCUGGUGCCAACACUGUUUCCAACGGCGAUACCUACCUCAAGAUUGGCUGGAACCCUAUCUACCUGGAGCCCACCACUCCCUUCCGCGAUGUCAAGCCCGAGUUCGGUAUCGAGAUUCUAUGUGAUGGUGAGGGCUGCAACGGUCUCCCUUGCCGGAUUGAUCCUUCUACCAUGGCUGUGAACGAAAUGAGCGCUCCCGAUGUCUUCACUGGCGCUGGUGGUGCUACUGGCUGUGUUGUCACUGUCCCCUCUGGCUCCAAGGCCAACAUUGUUGUCUUCGAUGUUGGUGGUGACUCUUCCAGCGAGACCUCCAGCCCCAGCAUGAGCUACACAUACCGCCCCCACGUCUUCACUGGUACCGCUGAGAUCUCGGCCGCCUCUACCACGGGCGCUGCCACCGCCAGUGCCUCUGCCUCCGCCACUGGUGCCGCCGGCAGCACUACUGCCUCUAUCAUGAGCGUCAUCUUCGGUGCUGUGGCCGCCCUGGCCCUGAACUUCUAG